AUGAAGAUCAUCCCAUUGACGUCCAUCGCCUUGGUCCUAGUCUUGACAUCAUUCCCAGAUCCGACGCGCGCUUAUUGCAAAGAAGCACUUCGUUUAUGCAUGGAAACCAUCACGAAUCGUGCUAGCGCCACGUGGAGUAAAUGUUGUGAUAGACUGACAACGCCAGGACCAUGUAUGUGUAAGUACAUUAAAGACCCUGCGCAAAAGAAAGAUGCUCGCCGCCUUGCGGGUUCUUGUGGGCGCUCUAUGCCUAUUACUGAUCAAUCUCUCAAGAAGCAUUACAAGUGUGGCUAA